UGUCCGGACCGCGUCGGCGCGCAGCUGCACCAGGGGUUGAGCGACGGGGCGCCCGCGAUGGCGUGCUGGAUUAGGUGCGGGUUGUAUAGGUUUUCCUGGGUCGUGGUUGUUGUUGUGGUGGUGGUGGUGAUGAUCGUCGACGAUCGGGACGGCGGUGGGCGGGCGUUGGUGGGUCGUCUUCUGUCGGCGUGGUGGUGAGGGGGGAGGUAUGGGUUCAAAGGGUCGUAUGCUUCGACUUGUUGCUGUUGCUGUUCUGCUUCUGCUUCUUCUGGCCUGGCAGCGUCCUGUCGUACCGGUGGAGGAGGAGACCGUGGAUCGGGCGUCGCGGGUGAAGGCACUGAGAGCGUAUCACCUUGCUCUACCUCGCCGAUCAGCGCCCUCAAAUCGAGCAAGCGUGAGCGUGAUGCCCUACGUGUUGAUGGUGGAGGUGCCUCCCGCGGAGGAGAAGGGGAGUCCUCGAGGAUGGGAGCUGUUUUUCAUAUUAGUAUUCUUAUACUCUUACAUUCUUGGGUUUGGAGGCUUCGUUUACUUACCGCCCUGGAAUCUACCCAUGGCGAAAUGACGAUUUGGGAUCGUGUGUUAUCCUUUCUUGACGACUAAUGACGCUUCAAUCAUGCGUCGGUAGUGUUGAUCUGGAGGUUGAGUGAGCAGGUAGAGUUCGUAGUAGUCUUUUACCGUUUCUUUCGAAUUUGCUCUGCUUUUGCUUUGCCUGCUUUGCUUCUAAACGGCAGAAAAUACCUAUCGAUUGUUUGAAGAGGCAACAAAGCUUUGCAAGAAACAAUCGAAAACCUUCCUUGGUAUUCUACGGGCAUGGUGAUAUAGAGGUGGG